AUGAAGCUUAGCAAUGUCUUGAAUGCUUGCACACUUGCAAGUGUAGUCCAAGCCACACCCGCCGACGCAGGAGCCGACUUGACGAUACUUCCUCGCGACGUCAAUACAUGCAGAUCGCCUGGCGCGCAUCAGUGUGCUGUCAUUGUCUGGGCUAGCCUCGCAUCAUUUGGCAUCCCAGGGAGUACUACAGGUGGCUCUGGAGUAAAGGUUGUUGGAGGCAGCUGUGACAACAUUAUUGCAGAUGGCAAACUGAAGCGUGAUAGCCCUGGUUUUAGCGCCGAUUUCACUACUACCUACGGGCCUCAUCUAUACUUUGGCGCGAACACGAUCGGUCUUCGCAAUAUCGGCGGUGUUAGAUAUCAAUAUCGUGGGAAGAGUUACAACCAGGGCAACUGCUUUAACACUGGUGGUACAAGCGGAACUAUGGCUGUUGAUGCUAUUCAGUGCAACUUCGACUGCUAA